AUGACAAUAUCCUUGACCAACCUGGAAAGACCCGAAUAUAGGGUGGACCGGGCAUACUGGAUCCACCUAGGAAGGGAACAGUGGACUAAGAACUCUGUAGGCCAACUGGCACGGAAAGAACAAAGAUGUACCGAUAAAAGGCCUCCCAUGGGAUGGCCCAUCGAGGAGCGCCUUGAAUGGUGGCUGGAGGAGUACAUGAGCCCACCCGAAGAGAGUUGGGGCCCAAUGACCGCUACACGAUUCUCCUGCAAACAGAUCAGUGAUCAGGAGUAUGAGGUCAGAGACCAGGCACUGGCAAUUGUGGGGUGGUGUCAACUGCGGAGGGCUUCACUGCAGUUGCACCUGGAACGAGGCAGUGGUCUGUAUGAUGGGCUUUCCGCCCUUUUCACUGAGCCAGAGAAGGUUCGGCUGAGUGCACAGACUGAACUGGAUGGUGCACUUGGCAUAGACAAGCAGAACGAGACCUGGGAUGAUCCAUCAGAGAUCCUGGUGUGCGGGGUACAAGUACCUCGAGACACUUACCCUGCCCUACAGCGCAACACCUCAGUCACAAAGGACUUUCAGCGCACGAUCCCUAAGCCGGUGGUGGUGGUGGUCCACGUAAAUGGGCGGCCUGCCCAAGCACUGCUGGACACAGGAUCACUGGCUGACUUCAUAUCAUUAACCACGGUCGAGCAACUUAAGUGUAAACUCACCGUAUUGGCAAAACCACUGACCAUUCAAUUGGCCGUGCAAGGCUCAAGAUCCAAGGUUAAUUAUGGCACAGAGAAUUAUGACCUGAUAUUGGGGACCCCAUUCUUAUAUCAGCAUAGUGUUACCAUUGGACUUAACGUACCUUGGGUCAUACUUGGUAGUAUUGAGCCCCUCCCGCUGAAGGGUAGCGGGGGCCAUGGAGGUGCUGGAGGACAAGGUGGAGCAGACUAG